AUGCAGCUUCACUCGGUGCCUGGCUUUCGGACGACACGGCCUGCCACUGCUGGUCGGCGGUCAACUGUGACAUGCUCGUCUGCAAAUGGUGCUGACAAUUCGAUUGAUGAAAUUCCCUCUGAUGCGGAGGGUGAUGUGCCUACGGUUGCGCUGAGGCCUUCUGGGGGCGCCUUCCGUGGCGUGCCCACGCAGACUCCCGGCACGGCAGGUGCCGUAGGCCUUCUGUCGUUCGGGCGGCCUGGCGGAGGCUGCACUCGCUUCAACCUGCCGCAGUCGUCAUCGGUCGUCAUCGCCAGUGGGCCCACAUCGUCGAUGGACGCCCCCUCGCGCUUCUCUCGCCCUGCUGGCGGCGCCGCCCGCAUGUUCCCUAGCGGCCUAGGCCCCGGCGGCGGCAGCGGUCCGACCAGCGGCGACGGCGGCAGCGGCGGUGGCUCUGGCGGCGACUCAGGGGCCGGCGGCGGCGGCGGUGGCGGCAGCCCGGCGGACGAGCCGCUUGGUUUCUCGACCCUCGCCCCCUGGGCAUUGCUGUACCUGGGCGUAUGUGGGACUCUGUAUUGGGCACACGAGUCCUUCAUCCGAAGGAAGCCGGCCCCCGAGCCGGCGCCGGCGGCAGCGCCAGCGGCACCAGUCAAGAGCUGCUGCAAGAAGGCCGCCGCUGCUGCUGCGGCGGCGAAGGGCGGCAAGUAA